CUAAUGAUAAUGAGGAUUUACAUACACGAUACAAGAGAGUACUUUGGCAUAAGAUGGCAUGUCGCCAUGGUGAUAGCAACUGUAAAGCAGAUGCAAUGCAGUAUUUCCAGAACUGGUUAGAUAAUGGAGUUGAACCUCCCAAUGACAUGCGCAGUGUGAUCUACAGUACUGGCGUAGCAGAAAGCGAUUCCAAUACAUGGGAUGUAUUAUGGGAUAUUAUUCAGACUCGUCCCCAACUGCAAGACGAUGAAACAGCACUACGGAAUGCCUUGACUCGGUCUCCAGAACCAUGGGUGUUAAACAGAUACAUGUCUUGGUCAAUGAACUACAGUAUUAUAAGCGAUGGACAAUACAUAAUCCAACAAGUCGGGGAAUCGCCGACUGGUAGUUCUGUAGCAUUCGAUUUCAUCAUUGAACACUGGGACUCCCUGAUUACUGUACACUCCAAUCCAUGGGCUUUUGAAGCAAUUCUCGGUACAGUUAAAACUGUCAAUAGUCAAUCUCAAUUACGACAGUUUCAGGCUCUGAGAAGUCGACUGCCACCAGGGAAAGUAUGGAAGAAGGUUUUCGAUAAGUAUGUAGCCAGGAUCAUAAUCAAUAUUGAAUGGCUAGAGAAAUAUGAAAGCGAAAUUAAGCGAUUUCUGGAUGAGAACACGUCACAUUAGACCACACGUCCUAAUGGAUGUAUACUUUUGUUUGUGAAAUUUGCUGUUGCCUCAAACAUUAUUCACUAGGAAAUAUGUACAUAUUCGUAUGCGUCAUUUUGACCUACCCGGAAGUGGAAGUUUUGUCCACAGGAAGUUGUGCUCUAUCUAUUGUAGAUCAUAAGACCAGUGUCACCCAACCGCUUCCGCUGCAUUUGUAGACUUCCCAGUUAUAUCGACCCGGCCACAAGAUGCAUACAUUACAUUCUUCACAGUUAGAGACAAUGCAAUGUCUCCAUAUCCCUAUUUUUUGAAAUAAAAUCAAGAAUAUUCAUAGACAUCCCAGGCUAUUAUUAACUUAUAAUAAUCCAUAUCUGACAUUUUGUUAUUAUUUAUUGCAAUUUAUGCAACAUGUACUAUUUGGCUAAUAUAUAUUCGUGGAACAUACAUAUAUAUAUUUUUUAACUUUUUUGGUGAUAAAGUAAACAUUCAACAAAUGCUUUUCCUUGGGCUAUUUUUAGAAAUUUAAAUUCAGGGAUUUGGUUUGCUCUUUAAAUUUUUACUUAAUUGAAUUUUAUAUUAAAAGUAAAAUAUGACAAAGGCAGACAGUGACGUUCCGUGAUUAAUAAUGAAAUCUAUGCCUUGUGAUAUUAUAAAUAUGAUUCGACUACAUCACUCUAUGGUAAUUUAUCUAUAUAUUGUUAGUAUUGUGUUAGUAUUGAGUUACAUAAGUGGGAAUCGAAUACCCAACCGUAGAAUACAAUAAAUAAUCAUGAACUUUUUAAACAGAUAUUCACUAAAAAAUUAAAAAUACAAAUGAAUUAUUGGGUUGCCACAACUUGUAUUAAUAAAUGAAUUUAUUCUUACUCCGAUUAUUUGAUACGUAUUUUGUAUUAACAUUUUAACAUGUAUUUCU